GGGCGGGCCGAGCCGGGCAGAGUUAGAGCCGAAGCCGCGAGCCGGAGUCUGCUUCCCGCCGAGUCAGCCGCUCCGCCCGGCACGAUGAGCCGGAGGAGGCUCUCGCUCCGAUUCCAGCUGCUCCUGCUGUUGCUGCUGCUGCCUCCGCCCGGGGUCCUGCCCGUGCAGCCUGAGGCCCCCGCAUCCGUGAACCCCUGCUGCUACUUUCCGUGUCAGAACCAGGGCAUCUGUGUCCGCUUUGGCCUUGACCGUUACCAGUGUGACUGCACCCGCACGGGCUACACCGGCCCCAACUGCACCGUCCCUGAGCUCUGGACCUGGCUCCGGCAUUCCUUGCGGCCCAGCCCUGCUUUCAUUCACUUCCUGCUCACACAUGGACGUUGGUUUUGGGAGUUUGUCAAUUCCACCUUCAUCCGGGACAUGCUUAUGCGCCUGGUACUGACAGUGCGGUCCAACCUCAUCCCCAGCCCCCCCACCUACAAUUUAGCACAUGACUACAUCAGCUGGGAGUCUUUUUCCAAUGUCAGCUAUUACACUCGAAUUCUGCCCUCUGUGCCCAAAGACUGCCCCAAACCCAUGGGCACCAAAGGAAAGAAGCAGCUUCCAGACGCCCAGCUCCUGGGUCAGCGCUUCCUACUCAGGAGGAAAUUCAUCCCUGACCCCCAAGGCACGAACCUCAUGUUUGCCUUCUUUGCACAACACUUCACCCACCAGUUCUUUAAGACUUCUGGCAAGAUGGGGCCUGGCUUCACCAAGGCCUUGGGCCAUGGGGUAGACCUUGGCCACAUUUAUGGAGAUAAUCUAGAGCGCCAGUAUCACCUGCGGCUUUUUAAGGAUGGGAAACUCAAGUAUCAGGUGCUGAACGGGGAGGUGUACCCACCAUCGGUGGAAGAGGCGCCUGUGUUGAUGCACUAUCCGCGGGGUGUCCCGCUCCAAAGCCGGAUGGCUAUGGGCCAAGAGGUGUUUGGGCUGCUGCCGGGGCUCAUGCUGUAUGCCACACUCUGGCUGCGUGAGCACAACCGUGUGUGUGACCUGCUGAAGGCGGAGCACCCCACCUGGGAGGACGAGCAGCUCUUCCAGACCACCCGCCUCAUCCUCAUAGGAGAGACCAUCAAGAUCGUCAUAGAAGAAUACGUGCAGCAGCUGAGCGGCUACUUCCUGCAGCUCAAGUUUGACCCUGAACUGCUGUUCCGAGCCCAGUUCCAGUACCGUAACCGUAUUGCCAUGGAGUUUAACCACCUCUAUCACUGGCACCCUCUCAUGCCUGAGUCCUUCAAGGUGGGCUCCCAGGAGUACAGCUAUGAGCAGUUCCUGUUCAACACCUCCAUGCUAGUGGACUAUGGAGUGGAGGCCUUGGUGGACGCCUUCUCUCGCCAGAGUGCUGGCCGGAUCGGUGGCGGUAGGAACAUAGACCACCAUGUUCUGCACGUGGCAGUGGAGGUCAUCAAGGAGGGUCGAGAGAUGCGGCUGCAGCCGUUCAAUGAGUACCGCAAGAGAUUUGGCAUGAAGCCCUACACCUCUUUCCUCGAACUCACUGGGGACAAGGAGAUGGCAGCUGAGUUAGACGAGUUAUAUGGAGACAUCGAUGCCUUAGAGUUCUACCCGGGAUUGCUUCUUGAAAAAUGCCUACCGAACUCCAUCUUUGGAGAGAGUAUGAUCGAGAUGGGGGCCCCCUUUUCCCUCAAGGGGCUCCUGGGGAAUCCCAUCUGUUCUCCAGAGUACUGGAAGCCAAGCACAUUUGGUGGUGAGGUGGGCUUCAACAUUGUCAACACAGCCACACUGCAGAAGCUGGUCUGUCUCAACUCCAAGACCUGUCCCUAUGUUUCUUUCCGUGUGCCCAGCUCCAGUCAAGAUGAGGGGUCUGCAGUAGAGCGGCCAUCCACAGAACUCUGAGGGGGCAGUGAAGUGGCAUUCUGGAGGGGAUUCUGGCUUUCUGCUGUGGAUUCCAGAAUGCUGAGGCCAAGACUGAUGGUCAUAAGUGUUGGUUUUCUAGUUUGAUACUGUGUUUGGGUUGACAUUUAGAACUUUGGGGCUCACCUCUUAUUUGAAAAAUUAAGGGGUUUUUUUAGUCACUCUAAAAUGCUGAGCUGCUUGUUAACCCUUCAGAAUGGUAGGAGUGGUUGGUCCUCCCUGGGCUUUCUGGAACAGUGGUUCCUGGUUAACAAACUAUAAUAUCAAAGUUCUGGUGGAUUUGAAGUGUAGGCAUUCAAAAAUAUACGGUUUCUGGUAAGAUCUCAUUUUUAUUUUAUAUUCUAGAGUGGGUGGCUCUCCAGAAUGUUGACUGAUUGGUGCUUUGGAAUGUUGUUUAUGGUUGAUGGUCCAAAUCAAGGAUGGUAGGUCGGUUUAGUUCUGAGCUAUGUCUAAUUCCCUUUCUUGUCCAAGGAGAUACCUAGGGGACAGAAGAUCCUAAUUACCAACAAGAAAACAUUGUAUGAAUCUGUUCAUGCCCUGGGGGGUAAGGAAGUAGAGUGUUCUUGAAACCCUUGGUCUAAGAUUACAGAGAGAACCAUCAGGGUUUUUCCAUGCCAUUGGUUGGAAGCCGCCAGAGUUCUGUCCCCAUGCAGGGCUUGACUUGUGGCAGCUGUCCCAAAGCUAAUAAAAAUACCUUUUCAAAA